AUGCCGAAGGGAGAGGUGGAGACUCACCUGUUCAUCAAAGGUUUCAAUCCUACUUACACUCAAUGGAUAUUUCAUGGGGAGGAGGAAACUCGCCCUUUGAUUGACGUCGAUUCCGAUUUCGAUCUCAGUGAUGAGGAUGAAUAUAUCGAUGACAUAGACCAUAUGUUAGAUGACAUAUGGGCAGGGACAUUCCAUAAUGUCCCUCAAGGUAGCCAAGGCGACACUAUUCCGAUGCCUUCAUGCCCCUCCGUACCAGAGUCAACUUCAUGUAAACCUUCUUUUGAUCAGUUACUAGAGGAUGCCCGACGUCCACUUUUUACAGGGUGUACAAAAUUUAGCAAACUCUCAUUCGUUGUCAAGCUGCUACACAUUAAAACUCUUGGUGGUUGGUCAAUUAAGUCAUUUGAUAUGUUGCUUAAGUUGUUGCGGGCUGCCUUUCCUGAUGUUGCAUGGCCAUCGUCAUAUGAAGAGGCACGGUCAUUGGAGAGAGGGUUGGGGUUCAAGUACCACAAAAUUCAUGCAUGUCCAAACGACUGUAUAUUAUUCUGGAAGGAAAAUGCUGAUAAGAAUGAAUGUCCUGUUUGUAAGGCUUCAAGGUGGAUGUCAAAUACACAUGGGACACGAGUUAUACCUCAAAAGGUGUUGCGUCAUUUCCCGUUGGUGCCAAGACUGCAACGGUUAUAUAUGUCUACAAAGAUAUCUACUGAUAUGCGAUGGCAUAAAGACCAACGAGCCACAACUGAUACCAUUAUGAGGCAUCCUGCUGACUUUGAGUCUUGGAAGACAUUUGAUAAAGACCAUAGUAAUGACAUUGACGUUUACUUGCAGCCAUUGGUUGAUGAAUUGGUUGAACUUUGGGAGAAUGGGGUGCGUACAUAUGAUGCCUCCACUAAGGAAACAUUUACGUUGCAUGCUGCCUUGAUGUGGACAAUAAAUGAUUUCCCUACCUACGGUAAUCUCUCUGGCUGGUCAACUAAAGGAAAAAUGGCAUGUCCUUCUUGUAAUGCCAAUACAGAGUCAAAUUGGUUGAAGUUUGGGAGGAAACAAUGUUAUAUGGGACACCGUCGAUUCUUACCGCCAUACCACAUAUGGAGAUCGAGGAAAGGGUUGUUCAAUGGUAAAGAAGAUCACUGUAUUCCACCAAGGGUGUUAUCUGGAUCAGACAUUGUCAGUCAACUACAUAUGCUUGGGGAUGUGCAAUUUGGUAAAUCCCGUAGGAAGAGAAAACGCACUUCGGAAGAGUUGAAUUGGACCAAAAUUAGCAUAUUCUUCAAGUUACCUUAUUGGUCAACCCUUUCGAUUCGGCAUAAUUUGGAUGUUAUACAUACUGAAAAGAACAUUUGUGAUAACAUCUUCGGUACUUUCAUGAACAUUCCGGGCAAAACCAAAGAUAACAUCAAUGCACGACGUGACUUGGAGAUUUUGGGUAUGCAAAAGGAAUUACAUUUGAGGCGUGCAGGUGAAUGGUUUACGCUGCCACCUGCAAUGUACACAUUACACGGACAAGAAAGGAAUAAAUUUUGUGAAUGGUUGGCGGAUGUUAAGUUCCCUGAUGGGUUUGCUUCCAAUAUUGCCCGUUGUGUCUCCGUACGUGAUUGCAAAAUAUCAGGGUUUAAAAGCCAUGAUUGUCAUGUUUUCUUGCAACGCCUACUUCCUAUCGCAGUUGGGGGGUUCUUACGAUCUGACAUUGCCUUGGCAUUGAUAGAACUCAGCAGUUUCUUCAAAAAGUUGUGUUCACGAACAGUUGAUAUAACUCACCUAUCCCAGCUUCAAAGUGAUGUUGUCAUCAUCCUAUCUAUUCAUUUACCCCGUGAGGCGAUACUUGGGGGUCCAGUACAAUAUAGAUGGAUGUAUCCAUUUGAGAGAUAUCUCGGCAAAUUCAAGCGGUAUGUCAAAAAUAAAGCACGACCAGAAGGUUCAAUAGCAGAAGCAUAUAUUCAUUACGAAUGCUUGACAUUUUGCUCAAUGUACCUCCAAGAUGUUGAGACAAAGUUCAAUCGAGUUGAUCGCAACAUUGAUGGCAGAGGAGAGGACACCAUAGAUGGUUUCUCAAUUUUCAAUCAACAUGUUCGUCCCUUGGGUAUACCAUCUAAUGUGAAAUUAGAUGAUAAACUCCUUAUCUCAGCUCGAUGGUUCAAUUCAAAACAACGUGAACCAUGGCGACGGACACAAAAUUCUGGUGUUGUUGUAACAGGUGAAAAUUUGCCUAAUAAUCUGGACUUCUAUGGUGUUAUAAAUGAAAUCCUAGAGUUACGCUACAUGGGAGGGCGUCAUGUUUACUUGUUCAGUUGUGAUUGGUUUGACGUCGGUGAUCAAAGACGAGGGGUCCGAGUGGACGUCCAUAUGACUAGUGUCAACAUGUCACGCACUUGGUAUAAGGAUGAGCCAUUUGUAUUGGCAUGCCAAACUUCCCAAUGUUAUUAUGUAAAAUAUUUACGGUUGAAAGGGAAUUGGUAUGUUGUUCAGAAGUUCACAAAUAGGAAUGUUUACGACAUUCCACCAAGACCGAGUCCUUCAGAUGAUAUUGAUGUCGAAUCAAGUGAUGAUGAUGCCUAUCAAGAAGAGGUUCCAUCAUAUGAGUAUGCUCCUAUGCAUUGUGAUGAUGAUCCAGUCUCAACUCCACUAAGUAGGACUGAUAUAGAACCUAUAAGUAUUGAUGCAGCAGAAGUUAUGCAUUUGGGGCGGCACGAUGAGAAUACCAUAGACAACAUCAACGAUGAGGUGGUUGCUAACGGUUUUGAAGAUAGUUAUGGCGAUGGGGAAUAUUCAGAUGAAGAAUAUUUCUCCACAGAUGAAGAUUCAAUGUCGAAUUAG